AUGUAUUUAGGUAAUACGCAGGCGCGGGUUCCUGAAUUGCCUCAACCCGACUGUAGCUUUCACGCUAAGGCUGGGCGCGGAGAAAUAACUCGUGAAGACGUGAAACUGGAGCAAUAUGUUGAUAUUACUGAUGAACAUGGACUCACCGCAUUACAUUGGGCCGCAAGUUAUGGGCAGUUAAAUAGUUGUCAAGAUCUUGUGUGGAGUGGUGCCGAUGUUAACAUGCGAGGCCCGGAAGGUGAGACAGCAUUACAUCUGGCUGCAGCAGGAGGGCACCAUGAGGUUGUGAAAUUUCUUUUGAAUGAAGGCGCUGAUGCUGAUAUACAAGAUGAUUCUGGCAGUACAGCUCUCAUGUAUGCAGCAGCAGCAGACUUUCCCUACACUUGUAAUGAGCUCCUCAUUCGAGGAGCUGAUCUUACUCUCACCAAUGAUUAUGACCAAGAUGCUUAUACUUUAACCACUACCAACAACUGCAAACUGGCACAAACUGUGAUAGAGAAUUUUUUGAUUGGAUGUCUCAGCAAAAUG